AUGGCUGAUUCUGAUGUUAAUGGUGCAAACCAGAGUGAAAACAAAGGCUACCACCGCGGCAGUAGGAGAGGUAAGGCUGCAGUAUUGGCUCUCGGCAAGGCCUUCCCUGACCACGUCCUCCUCCAGGAACGACUGGUUGAGGGCUACCUCCGGGACACCAAAUGCGAUGACCCCGUCAUGAAGGAGAAGCUCGAGCGCCUCUGUAAGAAUACAACCGUGAAGAGGAGGUUCACAGUGAUGUCCAAGGAGAUCUUAGACAAGUACCCCGAGCUUGCAACCGAGGGCUCCCCCACCAUCAAGCAGAAACUCGACAUCGCCAACGCCGCUGUGGUCGAGAUGGCGGUCGAAGCCAGCCGUGCAUGCAUGGCAGAAUGGAAGCGACCGGCCGGUGACAUCACCCAUAUCAUCUACGUUUCCUCCAGUGAGAUCCGGCUCCCCGGUGGCGACCUCUACCUUGCCAACCAUCUCGGCCUAAGGAGCAAUGUCGGCAGAGUCAUGCUUUACUUCCUUGGAUGCUACGGUGGUGUCACCGGCCUACGAGUAGCCAAGGACAUCGCCGAGAACAACCCGGGGAGCCGCAUACUUCUCGCGACAUCGGAGACCACCAUAUUAGGCUUCCGGCCACCCAACAUGGCCCGACCGUAUGACUUAGUCGGCGCAGCACUCUUCGGUGACGGUGCAGCUGCGGUGGUGAUCGGCGCAGAUCCGAUCGACGGAGUGGAGACUCCAUUCAUGGAACUGGACUAUGCGGUGCAACAGUUCUUACCGGGGACCCAUAACAUUAUUGAUGGAAGGAUUUCUGAGGAGGGGAUCAACUUCAAGCUAGGAAGAGACCUCCCUCAGAUGAUUGAAGGCCAUAUUGAAGGCUUUUGUAGGAUGCUCAUGGCUAAGGCUGGUCUGCAGGACUUCAAUGAAUUAUUCUGGGCAGUGCAUCCCGGUGGGCCGGCGAUACUGAACCGACUGGAGAGCAGCCUCAGGUUGAGGCCGGAGAAGCUCCAGUGCAGCCGGAGGGCGCUGAUGGACUAUGGGAAUGCGAGCAGUAACACUGUUUUCUAUGUCAUGGACUAUAUGAGGGAGGAGCUCAGGAGGGAGGGUGGUGACGAGUGGGGGCUGGUCCUGGCGUUUGGGCCGGGGAUCACCUUUGAAGGCAUUCUGGUUAGGAGUCUGCAGUGA